CAUGGUGCACGUAUAGCACAUAAAAUAACAUCGGAUGUUACACAUGUUAUUUGUGCUAAACCAAAUGUUGAUGAUACAAAAUUAAAUGAACGUAUAAAUGUAUUCAAAAAAAUCAAUCGUGUACGUUCAACUAAAUUUCAUUUAAUUAUUGUUGCGAACAAAGGAAUCUCUCCAGGUAUCAAAUGA